GUGAUUGGUCAACGCAUCAUCGGGGUCAUCUCUGAUUGGUCGCUAUGAUUUCCGUUGAAUCAUCAGAUCUGGAGGCGUUGUGUUAUUGUCGCUGGUUGUCUUAAAUGCUUAAACUCCAAUAAUUGUUCAUGCUUACCAUCUUGCGCUUAAUGAUAUGAGGAGCUGGAGUUUGAUACACAUAUGGCUGUCUAUGAUGAGGAUAUCCUGAAGAACCCUUUUUACUUGGCUCUGGAAAAACAAAGACCGGACCUCUGCAUUCGGGUGGCACAACUUCAUGGCAUUAUUCUGGUACCUUGUCGUGGAAGUUUACCAGUCAGCUCUUUAACGGCACCUCAGUUUGAUGGAUACGUCCUUCAGCCUGCCGAGCAGGGUUACCAGACACUAGACGGAAAGGAAGUAUCUAUAGAAAAUAACCAGGUCCGACUGGGCGCAGGGUUUCCCAGUCCCACAUCCAUUCCCAUCUUGUUUGAGGAGACUUUCUACAAUGAGAAAGAGCAGGCUUACAGUAUACUCUGUGUCUCACGACCCCUUGACUCGGACCAUAGCCCAGAUGAGGUAAAUUCCGUUUCUGCAACGUACUGCCUGAAGAAUAUCCAGGAUGUGAGAGAAUUUUUGGGCCGCCAUGCUGAGAAACUGGACAAGUUUGUGGACACCUUCUGUCAGUCCUUUAAAGAACAAGAGAGGAAGGGCAUUCGACAUCACAUAGACUCUGUUAAUACUCUCUACACAAAAUGUCUUCAGUGGCUAUUGAAGGACUCUCGUCUGAAGCUCCUGGCAAGACAGGAGAUACAGAUGACCCUCCUCAAACAAGCAGUGGAGAUGUACAUCCAUCAUGGCAUCCAUGAUCUGCUCUUUAGUUACGUUGGGACUCUUGAAGCUAGUCGGGACGCAGCAUUUAACAAAACAACACGAUCGCUACAUGAUCUGCAGCAGAAAGAACUCGGUGUGAAGUCAGAAUUCAGUAUAAAUAUUCCUCGAGCUAAACGAGAGUUGAGUCAGCUGAACGCCUGUACGUCUCCUCAGCAGAAACUAAUGUGCCUCAAGAAGGUUAUUUUAACCAUCAUGAACUCAACCAGGCGCCAUGAUGCAGCUGUGAACGUUGAGGCCAUGUGUGCUGAUGAUCUGCUGUUAGCCAUUCUUUACUUGUUAAUCAAAACCGAGAUUCCUAACUGGAUGGCAAAUCUGAGUUAUAUAAAGAAUUUCCGCUUCUGUAACUCCAGUAAGGAUGAUCUGGGUUACUGUCUUACCUCAUUCGAAGCGGCCGUGGAGUACAUUAGCCAGGGUAACCUCAACCAGAGCACACUGGAAGCAGGAAACAGGUUGUCUUUCAAGAAGAUGGACAUCCUCUCUCAGAAUGCUGUUACACCUAUAGACCACCUGUUUGAGCACAUUGUGAGCGGUAAUGAGGGAGAGGUCCAGCGGUUGCUGUCUGAGAAUGAGAACGAGGAUGAUGGGAGGCAAAUGUGUCACCCGCUCUGCUCAUGUGACUCUUGUGACCUCCGUACCUCAGGGAGGUUAAACGACCCAUCCAUAAUCACUCCAUUCUCUCGUGAUGACAGAGGUUACACUCCCCUCCAUGUCGCUGCUAUUUGUGGACAGUCUGCGCUGAUCGACCUUCUGGUCUCAAAGGGAGCCGUGGUAAACAGCACCGAUUAUCACGGCCUCACACCGCUGCACCUCUCCUGUCAGAAGGGUUUUCAGGGAGUCACGCUGCUGCUGUUAGAUUAUAAGGCGAACACAGACGCUCAGGACAACAAUGGCAACACUCCGCUACACCUGGCCUGCAUGUACGGUCAUGAAGAUUGUGUGAAGGCGCUGGUGUACUUCGACUUGCACGUGUGUCGGUUGAAUGUCCAGAAUGAUAAGGGAGACACGCCGCUCCACAUCGCAGCUCGCUGGGGUUAUGAGAGCAUCAUGGAAGUGCUUCUGGAAAACGGAGCGUCGACCCUCAUCCAUAACAAAGCCAAGGAGACUCCACUGCACUGCGCUCUCAACUCAAAGAUUUUGUCGUUGCUGGAGCGCAGACACAAUGACUCCAGUAAAAUGGAAAGUGGAUUUGAGUCUCUUAGUCGAUCUCCACAGCCGUCUGACUGCAGCAGUAGACAUUCAUCUGUGUCCAGCGCGUCGUCACUUAGUGUAGAAACAGCAAUACCAGAAACUGACCGCAUCAGACAUAAAGAGAUAGAGAAGUUGUUAAGAGCAGUGGCAGAUGGAGAUGUGCAGAUGGUACACUAUCUUUUAGAAUGGGUGGAUGAGGAGCCAGAGGAAGUGGUGGUUGACGUUUCAGCUAAAACCGAGCUUUGCCAUCCGCUCUGCCAGUGUCCCAGCUGUGAACCAACACAAAAGAAAACAGCUCGUCUACAGCCGGAUGGUCUUGGUGUAAACAGCAGCAGUGUCGAUGGCUUUACUCCGCUCCACGUGGCAGCGCUGCACGGGCACACAGCUCUGGUAUCUCUACUCACCCGUCACGGUGCCAACAUCAACGCUUGCAACAACCAGAGGUCCACACCACUGCACCUGGCGUGUCAGAAUAGCCACAUGCAGGUGGUGUCUGCCCUGCUGGAGUGUAACGCCAAACUGAAUAAGAAAGAUCAUUAUGGGAACACACCACUGAUUAAUGCCUGUCUAAAGGGAAAUGCUGAGAUCGCCACCAUCUUGCUGGAGAGCGGUGCAUUGGUAAAUCUUGCAAAUAAUCACGGUAACACGGGUCUACAUGAGGCUGUGAGGGGGGGACACGUUCAGCUGGUGGAGCUGCUUUUGCACAGGGGGGCACAGGUGCACAUGCGCAACAAAAGACAGAGAACCGCCCUCGACUGCGCAUACGAGAUGGGUGGAAAGAACACAGAGAUCCAGAGGCUUCUACAGAAAGCCUGUUCUGAUACUGUAGAGUCAAACCUGAACAAAACCAACUCCAUAGGACCAGAGGGGAUUGUGGUACACUCGGAAGUGCAAAAAGGUAAAAGUUGUGAGAGUCCUGACAGUGAGGGUCGAGGGAUAAACAUCACCAAACAAAGAUCUCAGAAAAGGUCUGACAGAGCUAUGAGCACCACAGGCACAAUAGAUCAGACACCACACAGUCAGAGUGAGAGACGGAGACUGACACGAGGAGAAACCAUAGACAGCAUCGGCCUAUACUCUCAUGCGCAGACGCAGCAAGAAUCUACAGGCAUGCAGUCGUCACACGCCAAGACCAAGAGCCUGACCCGCUGCCAUACCAUCAGCCAGGAUCUGACCCAUCGCUCGCUCCAGACCUCUGAACACAUCUCCUCUACAGACCAGAUGGAGACAGAGCUUAAUAAUGGACCUCAGGAGCCCACCGACUCAUGUGACCCCUCCCUCAAACCCUCACAUGACCCUGAACAGGUUAAUGGAGGCUCUGCGUCAGGGCGAGGGGAGGAAAAGAAAAACGUCCUGUACAGAGGAACUGAUCUGGAUUCAGCUUUUACAGAAAUGGACAAUGUUGUCUUGUGAGAGGUGACAAAAGACUUUUAUUGUGUAUUUAAUUGACUAAAUCAUUUGUAAAUCUGGCGCAUAACUGCUCACUGUUCUUUAGCCAAUACAAUAAAGCAUCUAAACUAUAUUAAUAAUAUCCAGUGUUGAAAUGUUUACGCAUGCAAAUCAGAUUUACAGAUUUUAUGGGUCACCACGACUUAAAAUAUUGUUGAAUUUAUUUUUUUAUUUUUUUCUUCAUGUUAACACAAGUUUUUUUGUGUGUAUACUAAUUACACAAUGAAAAAUCGACACAAGCAAUGAAGUGCAUGUUGAUGUGACCCUUAAAGAUAAGAAAAAGUCUGUAAUGAAAUAGUUGCCACUGAUUCAUAUAAAGGGAGAUAUUUUUCUAUGAUUAAGGGACAAAUUAUUUGUAUCCAAGAUUUUUGUAGCGUGUAGAGUUUUAUUUUCAUUAUUCGUCUUGUUCGUUACUGUUCAUUUCUGUUUGCCAUCACAUGAAUCCACCUAUACAUAAACUGCAUUAACAGUAUAUGUAGUGUUACAGUAAUGGUGUUAUUCACAACAAAGAUUGCACAGUCAGUAUUUUACUAUUCACGGAGUUAUUUCUUCAAAUGUUUUUUUUUUUUACUUUUUUGGAUUCAUUCUGUAUUGAGUUCCUCUCCAAAUCCCCAAAUAUAAAAUGUAUAUGUGGUCAACAGUGGUCCUCAGCUGUAAUGCACUUUACUCGCAUGCAACAUUUGUUUGCCUUCAGUCCAACUGUUUGUUUAAUUUUAGUUUAGUGUAAGUAAUGGCAGGUUUGAAUUAAUGCUGGUCAUUGUUAAAUGUCUUCACACAAACUUGUAAUACAGUACUGAAUGUAAAACUGAACUGGUAUGUCUUUAGUUUGACAUGGGAUUGUUGGGAACUAGAGAGCUGUUAUAUUUGUAUAAAUCACUUUUUAGUGUUGUUUUGUGACAAUGCGGUAAAUGUGCCUUAUUUUAUUUGUGCAAAAACCUAUAAUAAACCAUUACGAGAAAACCA